AUGAAAGUCCCCUUCCCUAUGUCCUCCGCCUGUGUUUCCAGCCUCGUCUUUUCUCGCAGAGUGGCUCCUCUUUGUCUCUUUUGCGUCGUUUCAAGUCUCGUCUUUCUUUUCAAAAAUGUAGGGCCGCGGUGCGGCUCCAUCGGCUGUGCAGCCACGCCAGUCAACCGCAGGUCCCCUCUGCACUCGUCCUCCUCUCUUUUCGCUCCUCGCUCUCCUUUUGCUUCUCUCUCUGGUUCUGCCUUCGCCUCCUCAUCAGUCCUGCAGUAUCCGCGGCGAAGAGCGCCUCCCCUGCAUGAGCCACAAUGGAACACCCGACGGGCGCAUGCGGCCGCGCGACCCGCGUUCGCCUUCGCGUCGCCAGUAUCCGAGGCUUUCUUCGGGAAGUGCUUCCCGCUUCCAUCGCCGGCUGUCGUCUCUCCCGUCUCAGCUGCUUCUCGCUCUCGUGUGGACAGGCGAGCCGCGGAGGGUCGCUGGCAAGUGCGCGCCUGGGCUCCGCUCCGAGCUGCGUUUGCGGCUUCGCGGCCGGCAUCGUCGGCUCAAGCUGUUUCGAGCGCCGUGAGCUCUUUUCAGAGCUGGCGCGAGUCUCUGUGUAGCUCCUCUCCGCGUGCGUCGCAGCGGCGUCUUCCGCACGGUUCGUGCGUUGGUCGCGCGUCUUUCCUCUCCGCGCGCGUGCGCUCCCGUCGUCUCCUAGGGCACGGCUUCCUCCGCGGCGGUCGCGCGUCGUCGGCGCUGGGCGCUGCGCCGGCCUCCGCCUCUCUCUUUUCGUCUUCUUCGCCGAGUGUGCCGCUGUCUAGGUACCGCAACAUCGGCAUCAUGGCGCACAUUGACGCGGGGAAGACGACGACGACCGAGCGCAUUUUGUUCUACACGGGCGUCUCCUGUCGCUUGGGCGAAGUGCAUGACGGUGAGGCGACGAUGGACUUUAUGGCUCAGGAGCGCGAGCGGGGGAUCACGAUCACGUCGGCCGCGACGACCUGCUACUGGGAAGGCAUGCGGCGGGACUUUGCGCCGCAUCGCAUCAACAUCAUCGACACUCCAGGCCACGUCGACUUCACCGUCGAAGUCGAGCGCUCCCUGCGCGUCCUCGACGGCGCGAUCGGCGUCUUCGACUCGGUCGCUGGCGUGGAGCCUCAGUCGGAGACAGUCUGGCGCCAGGGGAACAAAUUCGCGAUUCCGCGCCUCGCGUACGUGAACAAAAUGGAUCGGCUCGGCGCGGACUUCUGGGGUUGUGUGCGGCAGAUUCGCAGGCGCCUCGGCAGCAACGGCGUGCCCGUCCAGCUGCCGAUCGGGAAGGAAGUCAGCUUCCGCGGCGUGUUUGACCUCGUUCGCAUGCGGGCUGUCUACUGGGACGAAGAUUCGCUCGGCACAGAGUUCGUGGAAACUGAAGCGAUCCCCGAAGGCAUGCAGGAGGAGGUGGCGCGGCACCGUGCCCGCUUGCUCGAGAGAGCUGCCGAGGGCUCCGAGGAGCUGAUUUCCAAGUACCUAGAGACCGAGACGCUGUCCGAGGAGGACAUCCGCGCGGGGCUGCGCAUGCAGACCCUGAAAAACCAGCUCGUGCCGAUUUUCUGCGGGAGCGCCUUCAAAAACAAAGGCGUUCAGGCCGUGCUUGACGGCGUUCUCGACUACCUGCCCUCGCCGCUGGAAGUCCCCCAGCCUGCGGAGGCGAUCAAGAAGAUCCACGAGGCGUUCCCAGGCGCGAAGGAAGACCCGACGAGCGCGCCGCUCUCGGCUCUUGUCUUCAAAAUGACAACUGACCCGUUCGUCGGCGUGCAAAACUUUCUGCGCGUCUACACGGGCGAGCUCCGCCCCGGGGACGUUGUGAUGAACGCGCGGACGGGGAAGGAGGAGCGCAUUCAGCGUCUGGUGCUGAUUCACGCGAACGCGCGGAAAGACGUUUCCUGUCUGCGGGCAGGGGACAUCGGCGCAGCACUCGGACCCAAGGAAUUCCUCACCGGCGACACGCUCUGCCGCGCGAAGCAACCUGUCCACCUCGAGCGCAUCGAGUUCCCCGACCCAGUGAUCAGUCUGGCGGUCGAGGCGAAGCUGCGCACUGACCACGACAAGAUGACUGCGGCGCUCGCCAAGCUGUCGCGCGAAGAUCCCUCGCUGAGUGUCGGCGUGGACCGCGAGACGAAGCAGCUGAUUCUCGGCGGCAUGGGCGAGCUGCACCUGGAGAUCGUCCUCGAUCGGCUUAAGCGCGAGUUCGGCGUGGAGGCCGCCUCAGGCGCGCCGCAGGUGGCGUAUCGCGAGACGAUCUCGGGCGCAGGCACGGGUCGCGGCAAGUACGUCAAGCAGUCUGGCGGCCGCGGGCAGUACGGAGACGUCUGUCUCUCCAUUGAGCCGCUCCCGCGCGGCUCGGGGAACCAGUUCGUGAACGCGAUUCGUGGCGCAGUGAUCCCGAACGAGUUCCUCCCCGCCGUCGAGGCCGGCGUCAUGGAGCAGCUGCAAGCCGGCGUGCUCGCCGGCUACCCGCUGACAGACGUUCAGGUGACCGUCUUCGACGGAACCUAUCACCCCGUGGACAGCUCUGAGUUGGCUUUCCGCAUCGCCGCCUGCCUCGCGCUCAAAGACGCCGCCAAAAACGCGGGGCUCGUCCUCCUCGAGCCCAUCAUGGCGCUCCACGUGAUCUCGCCGCAGAGCUACGUGGGCAGCGUCAUCGGGGACCUGACCUCGCGCCGCGGAGUCGUCCAGCGCGUCUCCAGCCAGGAGUUCGCCGGUGAAGCAAGCGACGACGUCUACGACGCCGAGGGCGAGACCGCUCGCGGCGCCGCAGCCGAAGAAGGCGAAGGCAUCACCGAAGUAGACGUCCUCAUCCCCCUCGCCGAGAUGUUCGGCUACACUACCGUCCUCCGCUCCCUCUCCCAGGGCCGCGCGACGUCCAGCAUGCAGCUCGCCAAAUACAUGCCCACGCCGAAACACAUCGAAGAGCGAAUCGUCGCAGACCGAAACGGCGUCGCCCGUACCCUGGCCAAGUGA